GGCCGGAAGCUGGCUGGUCACUGUCUCUCUGCCCUUCAAGUUGGCGCGCGAAUAGCUGGUGAUUUUCACAUGUUUGAGCUGGUCCAGCCCCACUGAGGCUUUUCGCCAGUGUUGAGGAUGGCAAAGGAGCUCUGGCCAAGGUCCCAGGGAGGCGUACGCGAACAUGCGAGGUACCUUGUCCGCGUCGUGCUUGUUUCCUUAUCCCAUAGCUUUGCUCGAGCCAGGCAAGUCUCAGACCAACAGCUCAACAACGCUAUGUUCGAGACAGUCGCGUCGAUCGUUUUUGAGCAUCUAGUGCAAGCCCACUGUUCACGAAGUGUCGAAUCCUCUGUGGAAGAAGCUUCAUUUUGAUGGCAGUCUGCACUUCGCUGAGAUGGAAGAAAUUUUGAGGGCCGCUUAAUAAACUUGAAGUGACCAUUGUACGUUAUUCUUGUGAGUAAAAGAACGUACUUGUGAGCUUGACAAUCACAUGUAAGUUAGGAGUUGAGUGGUGGUGGUGAGAUAGGAUCGAGUCUGACCGGG